GAAGCUGGGUCACGUGACAGAAAAACGUCACGUGGUCGUGCAGGGGCGCUUUUCCAGGCGUUUUAGGUGAUUUCUUUCAAAGCCGCAGUUUUCAAUUGAGUCAGUCGUGCAAAAGUUGUGCAUUCUUACUUGCUGGUCUCAGCUGGCUUUGUCAUUAGGUAAACUCAAUAUCAUUUACGCCAAGAAAAUGCAUUAAGGAACGUCUGUGGAUGGGACUCUUGGCGCAAAUGUACACACCUCGGUUUUUACUCUUGCCUCUUGGUUCUCAGAUUCAGCUUCAUGUGAGCUAUUCUGGUGGUGGGGGCGCUCAGCAGCUCAACACAGAGACAACUGAGAAUCAGCCUCCCAUGACACCCAAGCCACAGGUUGUGCUGCAGGACAUGGAGGCUUUGGGUAACCGGCUGGUAGGUUUUGGCACACACAGUUCCCUCACCUACAGGGAGCUGUAUGAGAGCAGAGAGCAAAAAAUACGCAGCUACAGGGAACUCCUUAGGAGGCUCCGGGUUCGGAAAACCGAUUCUCAGCUCGGAAAGCUGAAACAGUAUGUCCUCACAAUGGACAGAGUGCAAAGGUCUGGUUCUGCCCUGUCCAGCAAAACCUCCAGAGAGUUGGUUUCAGCAUCUAGUACAACUCGCCCUCCUUCAUCACAUCCCACAGCGCAGCCCUCUUCAGCUGCUGCGCGUCGUGUUAGGAUCAUCUGUCCUGCAGCACAGACGUCCGGUGAGUCGCUGCCGAUUAGCCUUCCUCCGGAGCAGAGGGCCUGGCUAAGCAAGGUCCUGUUCACCAGGGAUGCCACAGGAAAAUUCAUCCUGUCAAACAAUCUCCAGUUGUGGUACAACCCACCCGGUCCGUCCCUUACCUACAGCCAGCGUCCCACCUCGCCCAAUGACUUCUUUCAGCGCCGCUUCUUCCUGUGGGCUCCAGUCAGGAUGUGGCAUUACAGGCUCAAGUGUCCAAGCUGCUCACACAAUCUGACGAGCUGCAGCCUGUAUAAGACUGUUCACAGAGUUCUGGACCUGGACGGCUGGUAUUACAUGGGCACAGAGUACCUGGAGUGCAUGUAAAUAUAAAUCCUGAUUCAUAAUGAUCAGCAGUGAGCAACGCCAACUAGCUAGUAUGAUUAGCUAAAGCACUAAUUAUAAACAUUAGUUCCGCUAA